AGCUGGAUAUUGAAAGUAUAAGAUGGAAAAAGAAAAGGUUAAAAAGAAGUUUUGUUAAUUAUGUUGGACAUGUGAGUCUUAAAUAGUGGGCAUUGUUACAGCUAGACGCAAGGCGUAUCCAACUAAUCUUAAUGGCUGCUUUCUUUUCAUCCCCUUUGUCUCUCUUCACUCUCCUCUUCCUCCUCUCCCCCUUCGCCGCCGCCUCCCACCACCUCAAACUCCCCCUCCUCCACCGCAGCCCUUACCCCCCCACCCCCUCCGACGCCCUCUCCGCCGACAACCGCCGCCUCUCCCUCCUCUUCAACCACCUCCGCCCUCGCCUCCCGGUGACCUCCGCCGCCUCCUUCGGCUCCGGGCAGUACCUGGUCUCCCUCCACCUCGGCACCCCUCCCCAGCGCCUCCUCCUCAUCGCCGACACCGGCAGCGAUCUCACCUGGGUCUCCUGCUCCGCGUGCCGGCGCCAUUGCUCCCCACGCUCCUCCCCCUUCCACCCCCGCCGCUCCGCCACCUUCUCCCCCCACCACUGCUACGACCCGGCCUGCAACCUCGUCCCCCACCCCAAGAAGUCCCCGCGCUGCAACCGCACGCGCCUCCACAGCACCUGCCGUUACCAGUACUCCUACGCCGAUGGCUCCGUCACCACCGGAUUCUUCUCCAGCGAGACGACGUCCUUCAACACCACUGCCGCUAAAUUAUUGAAGUUUCAGCAUUUCUCCUUCGGCUGCGGCUUCUGGAACUCGGGCCCUAGCAUCUCCGGCCCAAGUUUCAAUGGGGGCGAUGGCGUUUUGGGCCUGGGCCGCGGCCCCAUAUCCUUUCCCUCCCAAUUGGGCCGAGAUUUUGGGCACAAGUUCUCCUACUGUUUAAUGGAUUACACUCUCUCUCCGCCGCCCACGAGCUACCUUCUAAUCGGCGGCGCAGCCGCUGCCAAAUCCAAAUUGAGCUACACUCCGUUGCUAAUCAACCCCCUCUCGCCUACAUUUUACUACAUUAGGAUCGAGAGCGUAUCCAUCAACGACGCAAAGUUACGCAUUAGCCCCUCGGUUUGGGCAAUCGAUGAGUACGGAAAUGGUGGAACCGUCGUCGACUCCGGCACCACCAUAACUUUUCUACCGGAGCCGGCCUAUCGAGUGAUCCUAGCCAUUUUCGAGCGGCUGGUCAAGCUGCCUGAAUCGGCUAAGCCGGUGCCGGGAUUCGACUUGUGCCUUAACGUAUCGUCGGGUGCGUCGAGGGCGAGUUUGCCCCAGCUGAGUUUCAAACUCGGCGGUGGUGCAGUUUUCUCGCCGCCAAGGCGGAACUACUUCAUUGACGCGGCGGAGGGCGUCAAGUGCCUGGCGUUGCAGCCGGUGACGACGGACGCGGGGUUUGCGGUGAUCGGAAACUUGAUGCAGCAAGGUUACACAUUCGAAUUCGAUAAGGAUCGAUCACGGCUGGGCUUCACGCGCCGCGGCUGCUCCGCGCCGUGACUUGCCGAAUCGGGAUCGGAUGUUACACGAUUAAUUAAUUAAUUUUUGUUGUUUUUUUAUAUUUUCAUUUAUAUUAGAUGAUUGAAUCGAAAAAAAAAGGAGAUGUGAUUAGAUUUGGGGCAUGUGAGGGGUUCCAUUUAUUUAAAAUUUGUGAUGUUUUUUUGUGUGACACGAAGAACAGGCAAUGUGCAGCGGAAAAGCUGUCUCGAAUACUACUUGUCUUGAGAUAUGAUUAUUCAAAUUUUGGGGGGUUUGUAAUUUGGAUUUUUCGAAAAUCACUUCCACUUCUGUUUUUUAAUAAAGUUUUUGAAAAUCUAA